AUGAAGUUCUUCAUCGUUCUCGCCGUCCUCGCUACCGCCGCCUCUGCCCUGCCUCUGCACGGCGGCAUCGUCAAUACCGGUCACUCGCAGGUGAGCCGACACGACGAUGGCCACGGCAACUACGAGUUUGGCUACAAUGAGGACCACGCCACCGGCGGCACCUUCCGCAAGGAGAGCGGCACCGGAGGACACGGCGUUCAGGGCUCGUACGGUCUGCGAGACCACGACGGUCGAGUGCGAGUGGUCAACUACGUCGCCGAUGCGCUCGGCUUCCGUGCCUCGGUGAGCACCAACGAGCCCGGCACUGAUGUGAAGCAGGACCCUGCUGCCGUGAACCUCAACUACGGAGGCGGACACGGAGGCAUCCCCGCCCCGAUUGCCCCACUGGCCAUUGCCCACGCUGAGCCCAUCCUCGCCCAGCCCCUGAUCGCCCACGGCGGUGCUUCGCUCGGCUACGGUGCUGAGGCUGGUCUCGCUCUGGGCGGUCACGGCGGCUAUGGCGCCCUGGUCGAGCCGCACGGCGUCGCCUUCCCCUCCUCCUACUCGAGCCACAUCCAGCACGCCUCUGUCCUCUCCGCCCCAGUGCUCGCGCAUGGUGGUGCCCUCCUCGACGGUGGUCUCCAUGGCGGUUAUGGUGGCGCCUACUAA